AUGGUUUCUAUCAGCACCGUUGUGCAUCUGCCAAAUGGCUACCAUAUCACAGUGAACCCUGUUUUUGGCGGCUUCUUCUUCAAGGCAAACGAGUUGAACACACAUGGCAGUAUCUUCCCUGCUGGCUGGACCGUCAAUAUACAGACCGAAGAUUGUUCGGAUGAACACCCUUCUAGUAACGGUUCCAGCGACACAGAGCUCCAAGGCAUAUCGACUGAACAACAUCGGCACAUACACCCUUUCAGACUUCCAACUUUGCGCAAUGACAGCCUCUUUAUAUCUUCCAUUUCGAACCCCUCGAGCAAUGAUUUCAAAGCUCCUAUCAGCCCCACCCGGCAGAUCGCGAUGAUGCUCUGGGCAACUUUAUACUGGUAUUUCCAUCAACCAGAACCUUCACCACAUAUUACCACGACCGCUUCGAAAAAUACACCCGAUGCCGGAAAGCCAAAGGCAGAUUGGCGCAUACAUAUAAAAAGGGAGGGUGUGCUACGGGGACGGAAUCUGAUACAAAAGCUUGAUAGAAUGGGGUUGAUUACAUCGGACGAUUCGACAGUUGGCUUGGCGAUAGAUGAGAAUACACCAGAGGGAUGGUCAGACAUGUUCACUUCAAGAAGAGCAUUCUGGCAACUGUCCGCAAGGCUGUUUCUUUUUACUUUCAGUCCAAAUAUCUCUUUAGCUUCCCCACAAGGUAGCCGGCCGAGCUCCCCUGUUUGUGGUAGCAACCAACUUCCCGGUAAUAAGAGAGAUUCUACCGAAUCAUCUGCUUUUUCAGGUCUAUGGUCACCAACGUCCAUUGGCCCUUUCUCAUCUGGAAGCCAUUUACCGACAUAUUACCCACCACCCCCCAUACAAUAUACAAAUACGUCGGGUGUGCGCCACCCCCUGCGUCCUAAGCCACCCCGUCAAGGAGAAAUAUUCUAUACACGGUACAUCCCUAGUCUGGGGCAAUAUUUAUCUUUUCGAGUCGCCUCCCUGUCCCCCAAGCCUGUAAUAUAUAAUGGCCCAACUCCAACCCCAUCGCCUUUUCGACAUCAUGCCAAAAGCUCAUCGCUCUCAUCUAUUGGAGCUCAAUUGUCCGCAAAUUCUCAAACCCCGCCUCUCAGUAUUAGUGCACAGCAAAAAGAAGAUACGGCUGACAUGACGGACCUCCAGCUUUUGAAUCGUUGGAUGAAUGUUCCUCGGGUCAAUAAGUUUUGGGGCUGCUCUGGUCCCAUUGCUACACAGGAAAAGUUUCUCAAAGAAAAUCUGACUUCUAAUCAUUCAUUCCCCGUCAUCGGUCUCUGGAACGGAAAGCCCUUCGGAUACUUUGAAAUGUAUUGGGCGAAAGAAGAUAUCCUAGGGAAGCAUGUAGGCGAUAGCGUAGGAGACUUCGAUCGUGGUGUCCAUGUUUUGGUUGGAGAGGACGAGUAUCGAGGAAAGCAUAGGGUGCAAUGCUGGAUCACUGCUUUGGCACACUGGGCUCUGGUACAGGAUUACAGGACUAACUCUUUUGUGCUUGAGCCAAGGGUGGAUAAUGAGAGGUUCAUCUCACACCUGCAAGAAGCUGGCUUCGUAAAAGAACGAGAAAUCACUUUUCCUCACAAGCAGUCUGCUUUCAUGAAGCUGCGAAGAGAAUGUUUCGAAGCGCCUACUGUGUGA